AAACAAACAAACAAACAAACAAACAAAUGAAUGAAUAAGCAAAUAGCCAAAGCACAAAUGUCAUGAGAAAAAGAAAAACAAAUAAAUGCAAAACGGAAAACAAAUCGCAAUUCGUUUAAGAUACCAUUUGUCACAUUUUUUCGCAACUUCUUCCUCCACUUUUAUCAUACCAAAAAGGCUACAUUAACUGAUUUACACGCUUGAAUAAGCCCAGGAGCACGCCCCAAAUUUAUGUGAAAUGUAACAUCCUCGAACUAGGGGGAGCACAUUUCCACUUGCACAAAAAGGAGAAAAAUGCAAAUAUUAGUAAAAACACUGACCGGGAAAAGACAGUCGUUUAAUUUUGAACCAUCCAGUUCUGUGUUUCAAAUAAAGAUGGCAAUUGAGGAAAAGGAAGGAAUAGACGCAAAGCAGAUUCGGCUCAUCUACUCAGGGAAACAAAUGCACGACGAUAUGAAGCUGAGCGAUUAUAGGGUGGUGCCCGGAUCAACCAUUCACAUGAUUUUACAACUCAGAGGAGGAUAAUUUAGACUGAACAGAGCGAGACCGGAAUUUGACUCCCCAACCUAUUUGCAGCGAAUGUUUAUUGCUUUUUUUUCGCGUCCAGGAUUACGCGAUUGCGCAUCGCGUAUGAUGUGUACGCGGCAUUUUUUUUUCUUCUUUGGCCUCAUUUGUACCAAAACGUUUGCAGAAGAUUAGCUACUCAUUUGCUGUUACCCCCUUUUCUGCCUGGCUAAUUCACCUUUUUUUUUCGUUCUACAAAGGGGCGCCAAUUUGACGAGCGCACCAAAUUUGUUUUCCGGGUGUGCUGCCUUUGUGCAUAUUUGUACAACCAGCGCAUUCGAACAAGUACACGCUUUCCCCCCACACACACAAACGCACCGCGUGACGCUGAAAGUGUCAAUCAGCAUGCGACGCACCAUCGUGAAUGCAACGAUUGACCAAAUGGGCACGUUGUGCUGAUCCCCUCCCUCUUAACAUUUCUUCUGCGCUUGUAAAAGUAUAAGAAAAAUGUGAACCAAAAGUGGAACCAAAACUGUUCAUCGCCCCAGUAGUUGUUCCCCUAUCAUGGAAGGGGUUCUCCCGCAACGAAACUGCUCAACCAGCAGAAUUUAUUUCGCCUUACUUAGCGCACAUGUGUGGACCUACCUCCACCAGUACCACUUCAUAGUUUGUACCUUUUCAUAUUUUUUAAAUACAAUUUUAAUGGUUA